CGUCGCGGCACGACGACGUUUACGCGCACCUCGCGAACACGCUCUCUUCGAACUGCACUCGUGCGGUCAUAGCGCGCGCGGCCAAAAUAAGUGAGCUCGUGGCCGGGAGCGAAAACCCGUUGCGAUUACUAGUGGUGUCUUCGGGCGGCGCGAUGCUGCCCGCGCUGGUGCUUCUGGCGCUGGCAGCCCCGCUGGGUCUGGCCGAGGCGCGCCGACAUGCACCCAAUUUGCAUGAGGAGAACCCCGCAAGACGGACUACACGUCCCGCCGAAUGUCAGUUUGGCAAGCAACCGAAGGAGUUAGGCUCUUCGUGGUAUGCGGACCUGGGGCCUCCCUUCGGUGUCAUGUACUGCAUCAUAUGUGAGUGUUUACCGGUGCAAAAAAAACGUAGGAUGGUGGCGAAAGUGCACUGCCGCAAUAUAAAGAACGACUGUCCUGUACCAUCAUGUGACACCCCCGUGCUACUUCCUGGCAGGUGUUGCAAGACUUGCCCAGGAGAUGCCAACACACCAGACCUAGUACAACAGGAUAGUCCAUCGGUCAUCGUUGUUGAAGAGAUACUUAGUAUGAAACACUUCGGAGCACUGCUGACGGGUCGCUCUCCACUAUGUAUCAGGCGCGAUGACAUGACGGGAGUGCCUGUCGCUCGAGGGGUGGCUACAGCACGCUUCAUCUUCCGUCGCCGACAUUUGUACUGGUCUAUUAUACUUGGAACAUCGAUCACGGUUCAGCCAAGAGCGCUCUUGUUCUUAGACCGGGAAGGAAGAUUAUUGAUCGAAAAUCCUUUAGUAAAAGUACCUGGCAUUCACGCUACGUAUGAAGAUAAAACUGAUAAGUUAUGCGGUGUGUGGCGUAGAGUGCCGCGCGAAUAUAAACGUCUAUUGCGGGAUGGUUCUUUAUUCGUGGCAUUGGUAUGGGGCGAUGCAGAAAACAGUACGAUGGAGAGUGCAUUGAGUGGUCGAAUUGACAGAUAUCCGGCAUUAACAUCCGAAAUGUUCACGUCAUUACUAGAACCAGAAUAUCUUCCUCCACCAUCAGGCAACAGCGCAUGCGAAGAUAGUUUCAAACCUGGCCAAACAAGCCUGGCUCUUGCAGGUCAGCAAGAAGGUUGGGGAGGAACUGCGGUAGUGACAGGGGUGGCUGGUGCUGCUCCAAGUCUUCAUUUUGCUAUCGCAUAUAAUGGAAUUUUCUCACCUGUCCCACGAGAAAAGGAGCAGGCCGUCCGGGUAAUGCUGACUAUGCCGGAUAAAAACCAAACUAUUAUUGACGAGAUACAUCAAAUUGCGAAACCGGGUUACGAACUGAACGUCCUCGAAGUAUCAACUCCAGUCACAGCUGCCGAGUUACGCUCUUUAGCUAGAGGCCGGCUCUUUCUUUCGAUUGAGGAGAUAGGAGCACCAGAAAGACGUAUAACAGGGAAAGUAAUGCAAAAAGCCACAUGUGAAGUGUACCAUGCACCAUUAGUAGCGGAGAGAUUGCCGGCAUCGUCAGUUCCCGAAGGGCUUGCCCUACUUUAUAUCGAUAAAGAGGGAUCACUUGUCUAUGACAUACAGAUUGACAACUUGGAUGCAACUGACCCUAAAAUAACGCUGGUAGAAGAGCAAGGAAAGCGUCAUUCCCAAGUGGAGAUAUUAGAUACAAGGACAGGUGUUCUUGCUAGACCUAGCGCGCGAAUAUUCCCACCUCUAUAUGAUGAUCAGCUAGCAGUACAUAUUGGUGGAGAUCUUGGUCCACCGCUUCUUCGCGGUAGAUUAUUAUCUCGACCGUUGCCUGAUGCUGCUAGUGGUGGGCCGGCAUUACUGAAGCGCAUCGAUGCUUUGGUGCCCGUCACAGCAAACCCUGUAGCUGGCCUCGCUUGGGUCUCAGUUGAUGCAUUAUGUGGGUUGCAUUAUGAGGUUAUUAUAACCGGCAAUGUUGGCAUAUGGACAGCAUGGCUCGACACCCAUGCAGUUGAAGGCGGCAGUAUCAGGCCGCUUGUUGGUCCUGAGGGCUGCGUGUUGGAACCGUCUCCAGCCGAAUUGGGGUCCCUGUACACUGGGUCCGCAUACCUCGGCAUACGAGGCGCAGAUAACUUCACGACUGUAUUGCUUACGCUGUUACCUAAGAUAAGCGUACCGUUAUCAUGUAUGGAUAACACAUAUUUGAAUACGAAAUACACCCCCAAUACGCCCACAUUCGUGAAGAUGGGGUACCAACCAGAUCGCCGGUUGAGCGACAUGAACCAACUUUCGAAAACUACCUCCUGCUAUUACCAGGAAGAACUGCACACAGAUGGAUCCCAGUGGAUUGUUCCUGAGUCUUGCCUUAUCUGUGGCUGCAUACAUGGCGAAUUACGAUGCGAUCCCGUGAGAUGCCCACCUGUACAUUGCACGGUGCCGACCAUCACACCACCGGGUCAAUGCUGUCCUAUAUGCACUAAUUCUUCGACUGCCGUAUGGAAUGAAUCCCAUGGCUGCCAUCUAGCUGGACAGUACCACGCUCCUGGCUCCUCUUGGCACCCAUACUUAGUGCCUGAAGGUUACGACACAUGUGCUGUAUGCACCUGUGAGUUUUCGACGAGACAAGUACGAUGUCCUAGAGUUCGUUGCCCGCCACUAAGAUGUGCUGAGAAGGAUGCGUAUAGGCCUGAUAAGAAAGCUUGCUGCCGAGUCUGUCCAGAGGUAAAAGCGAAGAAACCUGAAGACUUAACACCAAAAGACCAAGCUGCUCCACGGACUGCUGAAGAGAUCCUAGCGGAAGGAGGUUGCAAGUUCCCAGACGGGCCUUUGAUGAACGGUGUAGAAGUACAUCCGUCUAUACAUUCGCAUGGAGAACAGAGAUGCGUCACUUGUAGGUGCAAGGACGGCGAGGUGACAUGCGUGCGCAAGCGUUGCAACCGCGCGUUGUGCGCGCGGCGGCGGCGCGGCGACGCGUGCUGCGCGUGCGCACGCCCGCGUCGCCCCCGCCCUCCGCCGCCGCCACCGCCCAGCUGAGCGACCGCACACGCGCCCCGGACACAGUAUUACUGCGCCCGAUCCCGUCUAUACCCCAGACUGCUCGUAGGCUAAGUUGAGUGACUAUAGACUGAUAUAUUUUUAUGUACUCGUGCGAUUCGAAUGUGUAGGUUAAGGCUGCGUCCUGUAAUGUCGCGCUUCGAUGAAACCGCUCGAUGCGUCAAGUGCGCGCGUGCAUGUUGUGGUGCCGAUGCUCGCCGCACGCGGGGCAAUUGGGGUAUGAGGUUAAUUAUGGAUCGUUCGGUUUCGUCGCAGGGCGUCCUUCGUGCGUUACGAGAUAGACGGUUCGCGGCGGACGGCCGCGUGACGGCUCGGAGUCGGCCGACGACGGAGUAGCUUUACCGUUUAAUACUGAACGACUAUGAUUAUUAUAUUUACCCACCGGUAUUUUAAUUGGUAUUAUGAGAUGUCCCGAAAUUUUGUAGGCGCAUUGUAUUAUGUCACCCAAUACUGAGAUGAUAGUGUUAGUCGUACGGCUCGAUUGCUCGGAUUGUGGCAGAAAUGGUGCGAGCGUGGUCGAUAAAGAUGUGCCAUAUUUUCUUAUUGUAAAUAUAAAUUAUUACUUUAAUAUUACUUAUGUGCAUAUUUAUUUACGUUUGUAAUGUAAACAAUACGGGAUCGUGUUGAGUUCGAGUACUCGUGUUUGUCCAUCACAAACUCUUAAACGUUAUUUUGAUCGCCUUGUUUGUGCAUUUGCUUUUAGUCUUGUAUAAUUAUAACUUAAUACCACACAAUUAAAGUAUAACCUAUAUUUUGAUAAUACCUAUGUCUAUUUAUUUAAUUGAGUCAAAAUGUAAGUAGAUUACCUUUAUAUGAAGUAGAAUACUUAAUACCAGAAAAUAUAAUUAAAUAUUUAUCUUAAGUAUUUUUUUAUUUAAAGCAUAAAAUGCGCAUUAUACUAAUGAUGAACGCUUAAUCUGAGUGCUUAUCGAUUGCUCAAGCGUUUGAUUAAUUAAGAAUAUGCCUAUAAAUGAGCGAUACGCCUAACGUUCGUUGAUAAUUGUAUUUGGUGGUCUGAAAAUGAUAUAUCACAAUAACCAUCCAAGAAUGUUACUGUAAAUACAUAUAAUAUGUGCUAUAAAUAUUAUUUUAACAUUGUAUACUAUUUUAUACUUUUAACAUAGUGGAUUGUACCGAUUUAGUUAAGCAGUACUUUAUGCCAAUUACGUGACUAGUUUUGAUUAAUUACUAGGUUAACUAAUAUUUGUAAUUAAGGAAGCUAGUCCAAAUAAAUGUUUCGAUGUGAUGGAAAUGAAUGCCAUGUAGAUAGAUUAUACGUCUGUCCAUAUUUGUUACUAAUUGAUUAUAAUUUAGAGACCUUACUUCCACUAUAACAAAGAUGUGUAUAGACUGAUUUAUACUUUGUAUGCUUAUUUGUAUCGAAUGCUAUUUGCCUGUAAUUGCACAAUUGUUUAGUUUGCGUAUUUCCAAAUUUUAUGUAAAGUUGUUUUCCACCCAUAUUCUCUUUUGUGUAAGACAUCUUAGUAGCACCUCUACCACUUUCGAAGUCAUUAUGUCAUGGAUAAAUAUAUAUAAACGGUCAUACAAUCAGUACAUUAUUUAUGAUCUAUCAAGUUUCAUACUGGAGUUGUAAUUGCAGUUAGCAUUCUCUCGAAAUACAAAUUUCUAUUCACUUUCAAGUCCUAUAAUAGUUAUGAGAUAGCCAAAAAACUAAGAUUCAUUGUGAAAAUAAGGUCUUGAACAAUUAGUUUAUGUAGCAAGGACAGAAAUUUAUUAAGGUUUUGGAAUACUUUUCGUAUGCGUUGCCAAAAAAUGUUUAAAGAUUAUAAAAUAAAAAAAAAAAAAUACGUCUCGUUGUGGGUUCUAGUCCAUCAAAAUUAUGAGGAGGAUGUACGGUGUUGUAUUGGCUAUAGAAAUAUGAUUGUUUUUACGUAACGAAAAUAUUAUUCGAUUAUACGACAGUUCUCACGGUUUUAAUAUUUUUGUAUUAUCUAACAAUAGAAAAGUAGACUCCUAUGGCUUGCAAAUAACAAACUAAUGGCCAUAAAGGAUACUAUAAAGUCGCUUGUAUUGCAUUGUUUUCUAUUUGUUAAUUAUAAGCGUUAUUCUCCCAUUUUUCGGCCUCGAGGGAUGAUGUUUAACAAUUGAUCGAUACUUAUUACAUUUCAUAGGAAACUUAAAAUGCUAUGACCCCAUUUUUUAUAUAGUUAGUGGCCUCAGUUAUCAAAUAAUUUGGUUAAACUAUUUACAUCCAGUCAAUAUAGUUUGUAAACCGAUACAGUUCUAAUACGAAUAAAUCACCUGUGAAAAGAA